AUGUCCUGGAAGGAGGAGUGUAUGAAUCCACUCCCAUGUUUCAUCCAGUGGCUGGACCACCUUGUGUUGACUGUGAAGAGCAUCGAGGACACUGUGGCCUUUUAUUCCAAAGUCCUGGGCAUGGAGGUGGUGACUUUCAAGGCCUGUGGGGUGAUCAUUGAAGAAGGUCCCGUGGCCAGAACUGGUGCCGUGGGUCCAAUAACAUCCGUCUACUUCCGAGACCCCGAUGAGAACCUGAUGGAGGUUUCCAGGUACAGCACAGAUGUGACUGCAGUCAAUGGAGGGGAACCCUAA